AUGGCAUCCAGGUUGGAGAUAAUUAUGGACGGAUUGAUGCGAAUUUUCAUUUACCUCCAGAUUCACGAGAAAAGCUCAGUGCCGGCGUUAAGGAUAGCGUUGGUCGGCCUCGGUGGUGUCGGGAAGACGCAACUUGCUAUUGAGUACUGCUACCAGGUUCUGUCGCAAUCGCCUGUGACAUGGGUUUUCUGGGUUCAUGCAAGUAAUAUGGUUCGGUUUGAAGAAGGGUUCCGAGCCAUAGCGGACCGGGUCAAAAUCCCAGGGCGCCAGGAUCCUCAGGCAAAUAUAUUCAAAUUGGUUGAAGACUGGUUCUGGGAUAAAAAGAGAGGGAAGUGGCUUCUAAUUAUUGAUAACGCCGAUGACGAUGGUUUUCUGUGUAAACCCCCAACGGCUAGGACGAGAAGCCAGUUCAACUUGAACUUGACAAAACCGCUCUUAGAAUACCUUCCGAGGAACACGAAUGGAUCGAUUAUCUUCACGAGUCGAAGUCGAGAGAUUGCAGCGAAAAUGGUCGACGAUAAGAACCUCAUCGAAAUUAAGCCAAUAGAAAUGUUCGAGGCAUUAGAGCUGCUCCAAAGAAAUCUUGAACAACCAGGGGGAGACCAAGAAAGUCGAAAAUUAGUGAAAGCGUUAGAGUUUAUGCCACUAGCGAUCAUACAGGCCACUCGCUAUAUCCAAAAACGCAGCUAUUCGGUAUCGCAAUACCUAGAAGUCUUCCAAGAAAGUGACCAUGAGGCGAUAAGGCUUCUUAAAAAAGAAGCAGGUCACGUCCAUCGGGACUAG